GCACAGGAGGGCAGCUGGGGGUGGGAUGGGGAAAGGUGACACAGCCUGGGAAACACCCGAGGGAAAGAGCUGCUGCUCAGGGGUACUUCCAUAAGCUCGUGUGAGAAAUCAUAUCCAGCAAGAGAGGUUUAUGUGUGCCCAGAGAAGCAGCUGGCUACGGGAGGAGCAGACAUCCUGCCGCUGGUCCAACAGGGGCUGGAAUAGUUAGCAAAGGCUCCUGUGACUCCUACAAGCAUCUUCUGGUACGUAACUGGUUGGAGUGGCAGGAUGCUUGGCUGUGGAAGGUUAAACUGCAUCCAUCUGCUUGCUGCUUCAGUCCAGGCACGAACAAUUUCAUGUGCAGUGGUGGUUUGUUAGUCAGCUGGCAAGUUUCAGAAAUGCUAGAGAGGGAGGUGUACGCUAGACCUCCUCAGCCUCUGGUUUCCUCUGAUUAAUUUACAUCUACCUAUUGACUAAGUGUAAUGAAAUCUAAGGCACCAAAAAAAAAAAAGAUGUUAGAAAGCACUACAUUAAAAUCUGAACCAUCUGCCUUACAAUAUCUAUUACAACAAAUACCCUAGGCUCAUCCUUCAGCCUCACUUUCUAAAGUGCAUUUUAAAAAAUCAGAGUAACACAAUACUCCAGUUAAUCUGGAAAUGUGUUUUGUGCCAGCCACCAAAGCCGUGAGGUACUAAAGCCGCAGAAAACCAAAUAUUAAACUGUGAAUUGUGUCAAGAAAAAAAAUGCUAGUUUGGAUUAAAAACUUGAGAAUAAGGAGAAAUCUUGGUAAUAGCCAAAACUGCCACCAAGUUAUCUCAGGGUUCCAACUCUGACUUCAAAGACUGUCUUCACUACUAUCUUGUCAGCUACAGCAAGCCCUGACUGAGAAGGACAAGCCUAAAUGCUGCUGGCUGUCCACACAGGGGUCCAAUGGUCACAGGCAGCCUAGCGUGAGGGGUAGCCACGUGCUGUCAGUACAGGGACAUGGCUUUGAGAUGGCAGGCAGGGAGAGGCUCUGCUCUGGGCACCAGCCCCACAUGCAACGGGGGUCUGCAGCAGCUCUGCAGGUCUAAGGGCAGAUGUUUUCCCCAUUGAUCAGAUUGUAUGUUUGGGCUGGGAAUGGUGGAGUGUGCUGAACAUGGCUGUACAGAGCCUUCUCCUCCUCCUCCUAAAGCCCACAAGACUUUUUAGAGCAACUCUUCCCUGACUGCUCCCUCCACGGGCAACUUCACAAGAAAUACUGUGGGGCCUCUUUCCUUCCAGUCCCAACAAUUACUUUGGAAUGUGAAUGCUGUGGAUUCAGAAGUGGCUCCAGGUGCCUCAAAGAUCAUUUAUUUGCCUUUGUUUAAACCCUGUGGGAAGGGUGGUUCUCCAGAUCAGCUAAAUCAAUGGCACCAGAUGGGCUCACAGGUUGCUGAAGCCACUGCUUUGAAGUGAACCUCCACACUGUUUCUUGCUGUAGGAUGGAGGAUGGCAGGAGAGCCCCCACUGGCAUCAUUGGCUGGGCAUGCACCACCCUGUGCUUGGUCUCCUGCGCGGCCGCCUACUCGCAUGGUGCGAGCCUUUCUGCCUGCGCCGACAUGAUGCCCAGGCACCUCCGAGUGCAGCUGCACAGCCCCAACAGCAACUACGUCACUGUCCACACCAACAUGUCCUUCUACUUCCCAGGGGACAAAGUUCCAGUGACAGUGAGGAGCACCCGGGAUUAUAUGGGCUUUAUGCUCCAAGCUCGCAAAGUGUCCAACAACGAAAUCGCUGGCACAUUCAUCUUCAUGCCUCCUGGUUCCAAGCUGCUGACUUGUUUUGAAGAUGGGGACACUGUCACCCACUCGGACAAGUCACUGAAGAGAAACCUGUCCUUCAUAUGGAAAGCACCAGACCAAUCCAUUGGAGACAUCAAGUUUUUCAUCUCCAUAGUCCAGUCAUACUUUGUUUACUGGGCAAAGAUUGAAUCUGCUAUCGUGGUUCAGGGGGGGCAAAACAAGACGCAUGCUGGCAGUGGCAAGAAGCCCGACACCUCAGCCCCUGUGCCCUUGCAGGGACCAGCUGACACACACCCCCAGGUAUGGCAAGCAAAGGUAUGGGUUUGCUUCCUGCAGAGUAGUUUUACAGCUUAUUCUGUGCAAUUGUUGAACACAAGCGACCCAAACAAGCUGGGGGGACCUCCAAAGCAGCCGGCACGGACUUCACGGGCUGUGUCCAGUGGGAGCAUCAGGUCCAGAGGCCGGGCACUGAAGCCAUCCCUUCUCACCCAAGAAGCUGGCACGGUGGAUGCCUCACAAGGUUUCCUCUCCCAGAACAAUGCCUCCAGCUUCAGCACCUCUAAUGGAGCAGGAAGCAAUGCCAGCGCUGUCACCCCACGCUUGUGUUUGACGUGUACAGAUCACAGGCAGGCCAGUACCGAGAGUGGGGCCAUCUCAAAAGCCUCCCUGCAUGUGACAGCGUCUCCCUCUGCCCUGCAUGUACAUACUCAGGGUGACACUGCUGCAACCACAGCCUGGUUUGGGGAUGACAGUGCUGCUGGCAAUUUGUCCUUGGCUUCAAGGCAAAUGGCAGAAAGAGAGCUGGCACCGCAGCCAGAGGAGACUGGCACCUGGGGUGAGGAAGAGAAGGAGGCAGGUAGUAAUACCCUGCCAUGGGUGACCAGACCAGCUCCCAGAUCUGCUGUUCCCGGCAAAGGGGAAGACCUCGGCAGAGGAAGUCGACUCCUUGCAGCCCAACUCGGCAUCCUGCUGGUCUGCACGGCCGCGCUGGGCCUGGCGCUGGCAGCUGCCAUGCGCUGUGUCUGUGCCCAGCACUGCCACAAGCGGACGGAGGUGUCCUUCGGUGAGCCGGACCCCGGCAUCGCUGCCAGGGAAAACGGGCAGGCGGUGCACUUCCGAAGGAUCCGGGAGAACAGCUUCGUGCUGGUGCAAGCUGAGUACAACUGGGUCAGCCCCUCAAGCAGCGGGAAGAAGACGAUCAUCUGA